AUGAAACUCUUUCCCGCGCUCGUUUCCACCUUUCUUGCUGCAGAAACUUGCAGUGAGAAAUCUUCUUGCGAUGAUUUGAAAAAGUACGAGCGCGUAGAAGCGGGCAACUUUGCGCGAGUACAGUCUCAUGUGAACAUGAAAAAAUGGGGCAACUUAUUUGGAAUCAACAAGUUCUUUCACAUGCGAAAGGUUUCAGGACCAGAGGAUCCGAUUCCGAGGCCGAACGCGGACACGCUUUACUCGAUCGGGGUCAUUGAUCUUUCUGCUGGACCAGUUGGACUUUCGGUUCCAGAUGUUGGCGACAAGUACUUCUCCGUCACGUGUUAUGAUGAAGAUAUGUACAUCACCGCGUACGAAACUGCUCCUGCGCAGUUUAAACUGAAGGACGACGAUGAGAUGAGUCGAUAUCAAGUUUGUGCGCUUCGUAUAGCCGUAAACAGUAAAGAAGAGCUUCCUGAAUUACACAAGAUGCAAGACGAAGCCAAAAUCUUUAGUCCUCAAGAAUCGUACCCGCCAAUCGAUUUGCCAGAUUAUGAUCAAGAGCAGUACAAAAUUGUUUACUCCAAUUUGCUCACUCUUUCCCAUCAAAUGUCUGAGCUCGGCGAUGCAUACGCUUUCAAAGGCCAAAAGGAUGAUAUUUCACGAAUGCUUGGUGCCGCUGCAGGGUGGGGCGGUCUUGGAACUUCUAUGGCCAAGUAUGAAGGCGGAACUGUUCAAAUCAACGAUGGCAAGACCGAGUAUAUGAUCAAAGUCGUCGGAGAGGUACCAACUGAUUGCUUUUGGUCCGUUACAACUUACAAGGAAGACCGGCUGACAUACGGCAUCAAUAACAUCAAUUCCAACAACUUGAAACGCGACAAAGAUGGCAACGUCGUCAUCAUCUUCUCAAACAACCACACGGACGAGUCAGCCAACUAUCUCAACAUCGAGGAAAACUGGAACUACAUCGUUCGAAUUUACGAGCCAAAAGCGCCUGUGCGUGAUGGAAGCUGGAAAUUUCCUGAGCCAGUUCUUUACCAAUAA